AUGGCUACUACAAUUGUGGCCGCGGCCACUGAAAUUUACGUCAAGGAGGUGACCUGCAUCGCCGUCGAAGGCGUCAGUCACACCGCCCAUCGCAAGUGCCCGCUUUCCAGCUACAAGGGCCUGCCUUUCUUCCCCCGCAACAUCACCGACCUCAACAUACGGGACUCCAGGAUCAAGCACGACGCCAUGAUCGCCAACCUCCGCAAGUGGACCGGCGACACCGAGACCUGCUACUGCGUCGAGGGCAUGGAGGGCUUGCUGAAGAACAUCCACGCCUGGCUCUGGAUCGCGUCCACGGACCACGCCCUGUGCAACCUCGAGCAGGUCAAGCUGGCCUGCGCCGUGUACGACAAGCUCAUGGACAUGGACUUUGACAACUGGUCCCACUUCUGGUCCUGCAUCAUCCACGAAGAGAUCGUCGACGAGUUGGAUCGCGCCGGUGAGUUGGAAGACGAGCAUUGCGAUCCCUUCUACAACUACGGCGGCUUCGGACCCAUCAACCGCGACUUCGCCUGGGAUGCCAAGGAGAAGACUAUCAGCUGGAUGAACACCUAUACGAGGGAGACCGAGACCAUCCGCGUCCCGCAGAUGGAGGACGCCAUGAAGCUCGUGGCUGGCAUGGACGGCGACGACUUUCGACAAACGUGGAGCCAGAAACGCCACGCCCACGAGCUGCAUCACCAGCAACACGGCACGGUGUGUGACGCUUGGGUCGACGGCCCCCAGACCUUCCACCACACGGAAAACACUGCCGGCGAGCGUACCCUGACCCUUUACACCCACGUGGCCAAGAAGGGUUCCUGCUCCAGAUGUCCCAAGAGGAGCUCGAGAGUCACUGGCCACCAGUGUGCCACCUGCUCCCGCCACAGGGUGGCCAAGCGUGCCAGGAAGACCAGAUCCCCAGGCAUCACCAUCCGAACCAAGGUCAAGGUCUCUGGCGAGCUCGGCAGGAAGAAGGAGUGGGAUAUCCAGGAGAAAGAGAGGCUCUGGGAUGUCAUCAAGGCUCAUGUCGGCAGGGUGGCCGGCGACCAGACCAAGUUCAACGACCGGUCCACCGUAGCCGGGAACGUCUCCAUCAAGAGCGGAUUCGACCGAGCCACGGGGUACCAGCCGAGCGAGGAGGAGUUGACCGGUCUGCUCCACGCGCACCGGGUCGGCCUCUGCUACGAGACCAACGCUGAGAUCCAGGAACCCCGGGACCUCUUCUGGGAGAGACUCGACGCAGAAGCCGAGAGCCAAAGUGAGACUGAGGUCGAGAGCGAAAGUGGGACGGGGAUGGAGAGCGAAGGUGAGACGGAGGUCGAGAGCCCACGUGUGGAUCUCGACCUGUGA